UAUAAAAAAAAUCCAAUUGUCUAUUAUUUCUUUCAAAGAAGAAGAAGAAGAAGAAAUGGAAGGAGAAAUGGAUGGUAAAGUUUUUCAGACAUGUCAAAAGAGUUUUGUUCAAGUUCAGAAUAUAUUGGAUCAAAAUAGGCUGUUAAUCAAUGAGAUUAAUCAGAAUCAUGAGUCCAAAAUCCCUGAUAAUUUGAACAGAAAUGUUGGUUUAAUUAGAGAACUCAACAACAAUAUCAGAAGAGUUGUUGACCUUUAUGCACAUCUUUCAGGUUCAUUCAACAAAUCUAAUGAUGUUUCAUCUGAAGGAGAUUCCUCUGGAAGACCUACUCACAAAAGGAAUAGGCCUCUCUAAAACGUCAGAGAUUGAUUUGAGGUCCGAUUAUCAUCAGACAGUUGAUUGUAGUUUAGCCUCUUCCUUCCCACUAGUCAACAUUCUAAUAAUGAUAUUUGUACCUUCAGAUCUAAUUGAAACAAGAAUUUAAUUUUUUUCUUUUAUUUUGUCUAUAUAUAUUUCAAAAUCAAUUGCCUCUUGAGGCGUAAUUGUUGUUGUAAACUGUACUGAGGCCAAAGAUAUUGAUUUUCGUAAAAGGGGAUAGAUGUUGUAAGCUUUUUAAACUUUUUCUUUGAGGAUUUGUAUGUGGAGAACUUAGCAGAAUCAAGGAGAUGCUCUCAAAUUCUCUGUAGAAAAAACAGCUUUAAAUCCAGAUCGUAAUUUCAUAUCAACGUUUAUUUAUCAUAUUCUGAAUAAAACUUUCGA